GUGUGCAUGCUGGCAGUGGCAGAGGUGAGUCGCCGCCGCUGUUCACUCGGCUCCCAGCUCUGCGUUGGGGAAAAAGCGGCCGACGGAUUAUCCAGCUCGGUAACGCUAGCUCGUCGGCUAACGGUCAAGACAGCAGCCGAGAAGAGCCAUGAAAAGCCGCCGGAGCCAGUGAAAGUUAGUCAGGGCUCACUUCGAGACUUUAAUGUACGGAAAGAUACAAAAAAAGAGGUUCGCGGAUCAUGCCUUCGCCCCCACCUGGGACUUUUCUCUAGAAUUUCCACUUGGGAAAGGCUAGCAUAGAGGCUAGCGAGGCUACAAACUAUUUUUAAUUGGCUUUGGGCUCAAUGGCUCUCGCUUGUUUUUCCCUGUCAUAGCGACAGUUUGGAAAAUUAAAACGGGGAGAGGCCCUUGCGAACUUCAUGACAAACCAAAGCCCAGCUUUGAAGCGUUACUUCGGAAGACCAGACUGGCAAAGGACCGAAAAUGAAGAAGCAGUUCAAUCGGAUGAAACAGCUCGCCAAUCAAACAGUUGGCAGAGCGGAGAAAACGGAAGUCCUCAGCGAUGACCUCCUACAGAUUGAGCGGCGCAUGGAGUUGGUGCGUGUGGUGUCGCAUAACACACACAAGAGGAUGGUUUCAUGUCUACAGGGACACAUCGGUGCAGAUGCAGAGAAGAGACAUUCCGUACCACGCCUCUAUACAGGAAAUGGUCAGAAAAAGCUUCCUCUGACAGCACUAUCCCAAGCGAUGGUGGAAGGCGGAAACCAAUUGGGAGAAGACUCCUUGAUAGGGAAGAUGAUGGAAGUGUGCGGCGAGGCAGAAAAUCGUCUGGCAUCAGAAUUGAUGCAACACGAGCUGCAGAUAGAAAAGGACGUACUGGAUCCCCUCAGCCAGCUAGCAGAGGUGGAUAUCCCCAACAUCCUGAAGCAGAGGAAACAACUGGCUAAAUUAGUGCUGGACUAUGAUUCUGCCAGAGCAAGAUGGUUGCAGGCAACCAAGUCAAUAAUCUCAGGAACAAAUACACAAGCACUGACGGCCAAGGCUGACCUACUCAAGGAGGAGGUUGAUGAGGCCAUGAACAAAGUGGAGCUUUGCAAGGAUCAACUCGCUGCAGACAUGUACAGUUUUUUCUCAAAAGAAGGCGACUAUGCCCGCUACUUCGUAACGCUCUUAGACGCUCAAGCUGAUUACCACAGAAAGUCUCUCACUCUUCUGGAGACUGUCUUGCCGACCAUCCAGGCUCAGCAAGAUUCAUGGACAGAGAAGCCUGCGUUUGGCACAGGGCUGGAAGAACAUCUGAAAAGGAGUGGAAGGGAGAUUGCUCUGCCAAUAGAAGCCUGUGUCAUGAUGCUUCUCGAGACUGGCAUGAAGGAAGAGGGUCUAUUUAGAAUCGCAGCAGGGGCAUCCAAGCUAAAGAAGCUAAAGGCUGCACUGGACUGUUCCACUUCACAACUGGAGGAGUUCUACUCCGACCCCCACGCUGUUGCUGGAGCACUGAAGUCCUACCUGAGGGAGCUCCCUGAGCCUCUAAUGACCUACCAGCUUUAUGAUGAAUGGAUCCAGGCAUCCAGUGUGUCAGACCCAGACAAGAGGCUCCAGGCACUCUGGGUUGUAUGUGAUAAGCUACCAAAGAACAACAGAACCAACCUGAGGUAUCUGGUGAAGUUUUUAGCCAAACUGGCUCAGGACAGCGAGGUGAACAAAAUGACUCCUAGCAACAUUGCUAUUGUCCUGGGACCCAAUUUGCUCUGGGCCAAGACUGAGGGGAGUCUGGCUGAGAUGGCUGCAGCUACCUCUGUGCAUGUGGUGGCCAUCGUGGAACCCAUCAUCCAGCAUGCUGACUGGUUCUUUCCUGAGGAUGUGGAGUUCAAUGUGUCUGGCAUGUUUGCGAUGCCCAUACCUGCAUCCAACCACAACAAUCACCUAGAUUAUGACAGUGGCACCAUUGAGAGGAAGAGGCCUGGCAGUAUGGUGGGACCAGAGAACGACACAACGCGCAAAGACAACACCCCUAACAAGCACUCGGACCACACCCUUCGUAGAGGCAGUAACACCUUAGGUAGAAAGCAGCACACUUCACCUGCCUUCCAGCCUCCUUUACCCCCUGUGGAGGUUCCAGGGCAGGGGCACGGGGCCGGGCAGGUCCCCCAGCCCUCGGCCGAGCCCCAGCCCCAGCCGCAAGCUCCUCCAGGGGGUUCAGGGCCUGACGCUGCCCAGCAUAGCUUGGCGCAGGGUUUGGCUGCUCUUGCAGCUGCUCAGCAGCUUCUAGCCCAGCACACAGAGGAGCUCAGCAACCCAAAGCUACGUGACUCCACGCCCGCCCCGACCCCUCUGCUCCAGAGGAAUGGCUCUGGAGGAGGGGGCCAGGCUGCAGGACAGCUGGGCACCGUGACCCCUGGGGCUGGAUCCAUGGGGCCCAGUCCUCAUAUGAUGCGCAGAGGUACCAAGAAGCAGGCUCCUGCCCCUCCCAAACCGACAAACCCUCCUCCCAGCCAGCCCUGCAAUCCAGCGAACCACACCUCCUCCUCAGGCUCAUCCCAGUCCCUCAGCCCCACUCCCAGACCCCUGUCCAGCCACUCUCCAACCUCGCCCACCUCUCCCACCUCCCAGCCAUGUGCCACGCCCAGACGCCAUUCCAGCAACCAGCCGCCGAUCCAGGCGCCCAGCCAUCCGCCUCCAGAGCCUCCGACGCAGGCCAGCCCUCCAGCAGCGCUCGCAUCACUCGGCCAGUCCGGCGGGGAGCAGCAGAGCACGGACCCCUCACCUCCGGGCACCCCGACCCCACCAGACACCCCUCCGCCUUCCACUGCCACCCAGGAUGUAGUCGCUCCUCCGUCCCCGUCUCCCUACCAGUCGGGCUCUCUUCCCCGGCCGCGACCCGUCCCCAAACCCCGGAACAGACCCAGUGUCCCACCGCCACCCCAACCCACCACGCUGAACAGUGAUACUAAUGGGAUAUGUGCCACUACGUACAAGAUGAUGGACCCGGCCGUGGCUUUCAGAGGGCUGAGUCGAGCUUUGGUCCCUGAGCUCGCUGUAGACCAGCAGCCAGCGACGGCGCCCUCCUCCUCCUCCUCCUCCUCCUCGUGCUGCUCCUCCUCCUCGUCCUCCCUGCCUCCUCCCAAAGACUGUGACCUGGACACUGAGAGCACGGUCCUAUAAGGAGACGAUGACACGCCCUGGUCCAGCAGCCCCAUGCGCCUCCUCUCAUCAUACACACACUUCAUUUAGACUCCUUUUGUUUUUGUCCCAGCCCAUAUCUGCAGCCUUCCUCACAGCGAUCAACCUCUGCUGUUAUCUUCUCCCAGUCCAGCGUAAAUGAAGGACUUGAAUGGGACAUAAUGCACCUUCUAGCAGCCAUGAUGGAGGUGACAGAGCUCUUGGUAAAAAAUGGCUAUGAUAGUAGAUUGUGGUUGCAUGGCUGUUGCAACAGAACUGAAUAGACAUGGUUAAUGUCACAAUGCAUCUGGUGGUUAAUGUGGUGAACCCUCAGCUUUUUAACUGGGAAAAAGGAUCUGAUCAGUUAAACUUAGUCAUCUUGUUGUAAGCGCAUUUGAUUUUCAUGCUAGCUAACUGACGUAGCUGAAGCGUAUUAACAUCACUUUUAAAAUGACUCACGCAAAUUAGUUGGAUUAGUUUCAAUCCAGAAACCCACGCUUGGUUCAAUUUAUCUUUCAUUUUAUACAUUAUGUAACUCGUACUACAUUAUAGUUGGAGGUGAAGGUCAGUGAAUCGGCAACAAGUCUCAUGAUCGAUCGGAAAGUUUCAAAGCUAAAUGCCAAAAAUUCACAGGUUCUAGCUUCUCAAAUGUGAUUUUUUUUUUCUUUUUUUUUUUUUUCUCCCAGUUUCUUUACGCAUCUCUCAUUUCCAGCCUUCCUGUUAUGCUGUUAUUAGCCAUUAUUUACUUACAGAGAGACCUCUCGACCCCCAUGAUGGUGCCAGAGGUGGUUGUGAGGAGACUUGUGACAAAAAGACACUGCAACACACACACACACACACACACACACACACACACACACACACACACACACACACACACACACACACACACACACACACACACACAGACAGACACAGACACACACACACACCCCACUGCCACCUCUAUGUUUAUACUGCACUCCCUGCAGAACAAGCUCCAGACAAUCAGCAACACACAGCAGAGUGCGGGGACCAAUGAUUGACCAGUAACGCUGUCAGACAACUGUGUUAACAUUGCACAGUAAUAUAAAGCGUGGGUACUGACCGUACGAGGAAGAAAGGGUCGCGAGGGGGUCAUGGGGAAAGCCGAAAUUCGGACUGACGAGAUCCUUUUGCAAUUUGGUGUGAGGUGUUUUGUAUUUUUUUUAAUGUUGAAAAAUGGCCUUAGAAGAAGAGCUUAAAAAACAAAUAAAAUAAAGAUGCGAUAUUUCUUCAGCACAGGGAAGGGAGUGGGUCAGCAGGUGAAGUAGAAACCAAAACUGUUGCUUAAAGUGUAGCUGGUGACUGCAGGCUUCCAGUUGUCUCAAACACUUGAUUUCCCCUUCUUUUUGUGUGGAAACCCCAAUCUUUCCUUCUCGCCUCACUCUUGUAUUUAUUUACCAAGUUAAAAACACACAUUCCCUGUGGCUUGACAUAAUUAAUGCAGUCUUUAAAUGUAAAUCAUGCCUUAUCGGUUCCUGCCAGAACCACAUAAUAAGCAUUAUAUAAUUACUGUACGGAGGAUAUACUUGGCUCCUAGUACUACAGUAUUUCCAAGACGCUAUCUUGGCAACAGUUAUGUUUCAGGGAUGUAAGGAAGGUGAUUCGACCCUCUACAAUAGAAGUCUUGUAUGGUUCUGUAUUGUUCUACAAAACUUGUGUAUUUAAAUGCGUUGAUUUCUUUGGGUUUUCUAAGCAGAAGUAGCAGGGUUAACCACCCUCCCAGCCUGAAUGCAGUCAGUAUUUUGCCUUUCUGUUUUUUGUUGUUGUUUUUUUUCCAUCUAUCUUUGUGUUUUCUCCGGUGUUUGCUGGGGCAUUAGACACAACAGGCUGUGUGCGAGUGAAUGUAGUGAAAGGACAGUUUUUACCAGCCUCUUGAUCAUGAACAGAAAGAUGCAUGAACAGCUGAUAUUGCACUUGAGUGCAGGCUGAGGAGUGGUUUCCUAGUUUAGUGGAUUUUUUUCAGUCUUUCCCGCUGAGCUGAGAGCACACGGCGCUGUGAAACCUCAGUAGUGAUGUUGGGUUAGAUUUUGCCAGGUCAAAGAAAGGAG